AAAAGCAUACUUCACUUGGAUAUGGUCUUAAGCAUUGAAUUUCAGCGUCACUACCGUUUGUUCACUCCCGAAAGGCUCCGAGCAUGGACACCUUCCGUCAUUCUGUUCGGCACGGCUGCAGGUUCGGCUGUGGCAUUGAUUGCCGAAAGAAUCCCAAGGGUUCGCAAUGAAAUUUUACAAAACGUUCCAAUCAUCGGAAAUUAUUGGGCACCCAAAGAAGAAUAA